AUGGUUUGUUUUAUAUUUAAGAAUGUUCCUCUUGUUUUAAUUCUGGAUAUUUAUCCUUAUUCGAGAAUGAUGUAUCGAUUUCGUAUUCGUUAUACACUACUACGUUAUGCUUUGUUCUGGAUUAUUUUUGUAUCACUUAUUGAAUUUUCCACAUUAUACUAUUAUAGUUAUAUUCAACGUCCAUCGUCCUCUUUAACAAUGGACAAAGUUAUAUUUCGAGAAAAUAAUAUUAAUAAUAAUACAUUAGUACCACAAAAAUUCAAUGAUAAUUCACAAUCAUUAUCUGAAACAGAAUCUACAUCAAUAAAUCGUUCAUUUAUAUUAUUAUUACGAAAAUAUGCUCAAACGAAAAAUAAUGAACAAUAUGUAUAUAAUGAACAUUUAUAUACGAGAGAAACACGUUAUAUACUUCUAGUACAAGUACAUAAAAGAUUAAAUUAUUUAGAUCUAUUCAUCCAUUCAUUGAAAGAUGUUGUAAAUAUAAAUAAAACACUAAUUAUUUUUAGUCAUGAUUAUAUUGAUACACAAAUAAAUGAUCAUGUUAGAAAUAUUACAUUUGCACCGGUGAUUCAAAUAUUUUAUCCAUAUUCUAAACAAUUGUAUCCCGAUGAAUUUCCUGGAUUAGAUCCACGCGAUUGUCCUCGUGAUUUACCCAAACACCAAGCAUUAUUUACACAAUGUAACAAUGGUAAUUCUCCAGAUAAAUAUGGUCACUAUCGAGAAAGCAAUAUUGUUCAAAUAAAACAUCAUUGGUGGUGGAAGCUUAAUUAUGCAUUUAAUUCUCUUCGUAUUCUUCAAAAUCGUACGGAUCUUUUGGUUUUAUUAUUAGAAGAAGAUUUUUAUUUAUCACCUGAUGCACUCGUCUUUUUACAGUUAAUGGAAAAUAAAAAACCACAACUUUGUCCAGAUUGUGUAUUUUAUACGCUCGGUAAUUUAGAAAAGUCUGGUAAACAAUUUAAUCGUGUUGGAGGAAAGGUAUCUAUUGCAUACUGGCAUGCACGUUAUAAUCUUGGAAUGACUAUUUCGUACGAGUUUUGGACACUUUUAUCAAAAUAUGCAGAAGAAUUUUGUAAUCUUGAUGAUUAUAACUGGGAUUGGAGUCUCGUUUAUCUUUCACAACACCGAUUUAACUAUCCAAAAGUUUUAUGGUCAUCAGCAACGCGACUUAUUCAUCUUGGAUCAUGGUAUGUACGUUAUAUCAUUAAAAGUCCUUAA